AUGGAUGGAGAUAUCAUGAUAGGAGGCAUCUUUCCAAUUCACAAUGAGGUUUCCAAUUUAUUAAACCGCACUAAUGCUGAUGAUUAUAUUUGUACUGGGUAAGUACUUUUACAUCUUUUAUAACCAUAUUGCUCCAUUUUAUAGUUGCAUUGAUACAAGUAAUAAUGAAUAUAUAUAACGAAAUUUUUUAAAAUUAUUAUGUAGUAAUUUAAUAAUUAACUAUAUUAAAUUAUCCUAAUAUCUUACACCACACUAAUUCUGAUGAUUAUAUUUGUACUGGGUAAGUACUUUUACAUCCUUUAAAACUGUAUUUUUCAAUUUCAUAGUUGUAGUGAUACAAGUAAUAAUGAAUAUAUAUAUAUAUAUGUAUAUAUAUAAAAAAAAAACAGUUAUGUAAGUAAAUUAAUACUAACUGUUAAUUAUUGUAAACGCAUAGCUAUGCUUUCUGUGAUAUUUGUUUUAUUAAUUUGUAAGUACCAAUUAUUAUUAAAUUAUAGCAUUAAACUAUAAAAUUAACUGAAAAAAUAAAUAUAGUAAACAAAGUGCUGAAAACAUAGACUUCGUAAAAAUACAAUCUGACAUCUACCUAUGCAUUCACUAAACAGAGAUAUGAACUAGAGAUUGAACUGCAAAAUUCACGUUAUAGCCAAUAUAGUAGCAAAAAUGACUAUACUGUAGUUAAAGGAUUACUAUAGUGUCAGGAAAACAAAGUGGUUUUCCUGACACUAUAGUGCCCUGAGGGUGCCCCCACCCUCAGGGUCCCCCUCCUGUGACGCUUACCUUAUUCCAGCGCCAGGCUCCCUCAGCGCUGGUGACCUCUCCUUCCCCACCGACGUCAGUUCCCUCUGCUGACAUUAGCGGAUCCAAAUGCGCAUGCGCGGCAAGUGCCACGCGUGCAUUCAAGCUGCCAAUAGGAAAGCAUUUUUCAAUGCUUUCCUAUGGACACUCUGCGUGAUGAAGGCAUAAUAUGCCUCCAGCGUCGCAGAUGCGCCUCUAGUGGCUGUCCGGAAGACAGCCACUAGAGGCUGGCUUAACCCUGCAAUGUAAACAUUGCAGUUUCUCUGAAACUGCUAUGUUUGCAUCUGCAGGGUUAAAACCUGAGGGACCUGGCACCAGGGCCAGCCUUAGGCCAUUAGGCGCCCUGUGCAAAAAGUCUUCACAGCGCCCCCCUUCCCCCAACAAGUUGCCUUAUAUAUACAGUCACACACACAGGCCAAGGCAGACAGUCAAACAAACAGUUACAAGCAGACAGUCAGACACGCUCAGUUAUAGACAGACAGUCACACAUGCUCAGUUACAGGCAGACAGUCACAGUGCCAAACACACAGUUAAAGGCAGACAGUCACACACAGUUACAGGCACACAAUCACACACACAGUUACAGGCAGACAGUCACACAUACUCCUUACCGAGUGUGUAUGACAAUCAUACACACUCGGUUACAGGCAUGCAGACACUCACGCUGAUAGGCACACAUACAGGCACACACAAUGGCACAGCUACAGCGACACACACAAUUGGAGUCACACACAGGCAGACAGUCACACACAGACAGUCACACACACACACAAGCAAACCGUCAAACACAGGCAGACAGACAGUUACACACACACAGGCAGGCAGUCAGUCACACAGACAGACAGCCACACAGGCAGUCAUGCAGACAGUCACACACACACACACACACACACACACAAAGGCAGACAGUCACACACACACACAGGGAGGCAGUCACACACAUAGGCAGACAGUCACACACACACACACACACACACAGGCAAACAGUCACACACAGACAGUCAGACAGACAGUCACACACACAGACAGGCAGACACACACACAGGCAGGCAGUCACACACAAGCAGGCAGUCAAACAGUCACACAGACAGACAGUCUCACACACACGGGCAGAUAGUCACACACACACACACACACACACACACACAGGCAGUCACACAGGCAGACAGUCACACAGGCAGACAGUUACACACACAGGCAAACAGUCACACACAAGCAGUCACACACAAGCAGGCAGUCAGACAGUAACACACACAGGCAGUCAGUCACACACAAGCAGGCAGGCAGUCACACGCAGGCAGGCAGUCACAAACACACACACACACACAGACAGACAGUCACACACAGGCAGGCAGUCACACACACACACAUGCAGGCAGACACAAAGACAGACAGUCACACAAACAGGCACACACAGGUAGGCAGACACACACACUCACACACACACAGACUUACAUCUUUCCAUUAUGGCUGGAAGGGAGAGUGGAAGCAGUUAGUUGUUGGGGAAGCAGGGAUUCCUUCCUGCUUCCCUCUUCCUGUGCAGCAGUUACCUGGGACUUCGGGUAGGUAUAAGCCCCGCCUCCACCUCGCGAUAAGCCCCUGCCUCCCAGUAAGCCCCACCUCCACCACCUCGUUUUUUUGGGUUUUUUGCUCUCUUGUCACUCGGCCAUGUGUGAGCUGUGUCGGCACCCUGUGCGGCGCACACAGCUUGCACAACCCUAAGGCCGGCCCUGCCUGGCACCCAGACCACUUAAUUGAGCUGAAGUGGUCUGGGUGACUAUAGUGUCCCUUUAAGUAAAAAAAUUUUUUUAAUCUUUCUAGAUCAGCUAUUAUUGUCUUUGAUCCCAUAUGGUAGCUGGUGUUACUCAUGUAUAACAUAAUGGUUAUGUGAUGAUUGAUGAUUUUGGGUAGAGAAAACAGCACCCUACUUUGGAAAGCUUUAAACAGGCAAUUCCACAUAAGGGUACUAAAUUAGGUAGCUAUCUACUAAACAGCUAAAAGUGCAAAAAAAACAGCUCCUUGACUUGGUAUCCUUAAAUAUGGCAAUUCUCUGUAGAGAAAACAGCUCCUUGACUUGGUGUCCUUAAAUAGGGCAAUCCCACAUAAGGGUACCAAAUUAAGGAGCCAUCUACUAAACAGCUGAAAGUGCAAAAAUAGAAAGGGCCAUUUAAAAAAAAAAAAAUUGCUCUUCUAGUUGCAUAGUAGAUACAUCCCUAAUUUGGUAUCAUUAAUUAUGACAAAUCCAUGUAAGGAUACCAAAUAAGGGAGCUUUCUACUAAAAACAGCUAAAAAAUUGAAAAAACAAAACAAAAGUCCUUUUCUUAAUUUUGCUGUUUCAACUGCUUAACAGUUAAUUUGCUUUUCUUAUGGAAAAAAUAGACUAUAAAACAUUCUUUCAACUCAUUCUAAAUUAAUUUGUUUUCAGUUUGUUUCGGAUUCUGCCACUUUGGAAUUUGGAAGCUUCUAAAAAAGAUUCUGAAGAAAUUUGAUUCUGAACUAAACAAAUAUACAUGUUUAACUAGGAGUAAUGUCCCACUAAAUAAGCAGAACUAAUAUAAUGAAUCCUUUCAGCGCAGCUUUUAAAAGCACCACCAAGCCCGCUAGGCUCCCAUCAUGCCCCCUGGACAAACAAGCUGUGAAAAACAUACACACUGACAAACAAAUAUGAAACAAAUAAAGGGAGGGGGGAUGGGAACUACUCCACCCACCUUAAACCCCUUUACCAAUUCCUCUGUAUACACUCCCCUCACACUCACAUGUCCCUGUUCCUGCCUAAGCCCUGUCUGGCUCCUCAGGGUCUUGUGCGUAAAUAGAGGGUAACUAUGUAUUGGCAUAAACCUGACCCUUGUUAAAGGACCACUAUAGUGCCAGGAAAACAUACUCGUUUUCCUGGCACUAUAGUGCCCUGAGGGUGCCCCCAGCCUCAGGGACCCCCUCCCGCCCGGCUCUGGAAAGGGGAAAAGGGGUUAAACUUACCUUUUUCCAGCGCUGGACGGGGAGCUCUCCUCCUCUGAUCCUCCUUCUCUCCUCCCCGUCGGCUGAAUGCGCACACGCGGCAAGAGCUGCGUGCGCAUUCAGCCGGUCACAUAGGAAAGCAUUCAUAAUGCUAAGGCUUAACCCAUUCAUAAACAUAGCAGUUUCUCUGAAACUGCUAUGUUUAUGAAAAAAUGGGUUAACCCCUGUCUGGACCUGGCACCCAGACCACUUCAUUAAGCUGAAGUGGUCUGGGUGCCUAGAGUGGUCCUUUAAACCCCAACCUUUGCUUCCAAUGAAAACACACCAGACUUGCUUUGGAUUAAAAUAGGCCACAGCUUUAUUAAAAUAUAAAUAUAUAAAUAUUUAAACUUCAACUUUAUAACAUAAAACACUAUAUACAUAAUUACUCAGUAAAUAGAUACUUCACUGAGUACCACCUUGCUAACCAACCAUAACUUAAGGGCAGCUGCCCCCUCCCCCCUUGUUCCAACCAGCACAGGGUCUUUUCUUGGGCCUACCAUUGUAUAAUGUUAACCACUAGCCUGUUAGUUGGCUCAAUGGGCAUGUCCGUUAUCCAUCACUUAACCUGAGGUUAGGGGAGGGACAGCCCUACCCUUCACUUUCCAUGGACCCCUGGUCCAACCCCCAGUUGACAAGGGCUAUAUAGUGCCACACACCCGCAGGGCGUCCACAAGCCCGCUGGGCUUCCACAUGCCCGCUGGGCUCUCACAAUGCCCGCUGGGCACCCACCAAGCCCGCUGGGCUCCCACCACACCCACUGGACAUACACAUGCCCCCUGGGCAAACAAGCUGUGACAAACAAACACACUGACAGACAAACAUGUAACAAAUAAAUGGAGGGAGGGCGGGUGGGAAGCUGUUCCCAACUGAUAAUUAAGAUGGCUGCUGUAUUGUAAGAUGGCAACCUAUUUUUACCAGCCCACCCAUCCACCCAUCCUAAACCACUCUACCACAUUCCUCUAUAUACACUCCCCUCACAACUCACAUGCCCCUGUUCCUGCAUAGGCCCUGCAUGGCUCCUCAGGGUCUGUCAUGCUGAUAGGGGAAUGUCACAAAAAUAUAUAUACCAAAUGUAUGCCUGCAUGCAGACGAUUGUUGGGAGACAUACCAGGUAUGGUCUUUACCUCUUCCUCUCUCAUAUGUGGUAAGAUGGAGUGUAACAGUGCCCACACCAGGGUCCAGGGAAUUCUUCUACCUAUACCUUUACCAUAAGGUAAUAGUGUUCCAAUUCUCUAAUACUUCAAAUUCUAGGCAAAAAAUGCCCAAUCCCUCGAACUCUAUUAAUAAUGAUAUCGGACAUCCAGCCUGUUCCUAGUCCCCUCAUGCUAAUGAGAUGACCCUUCACCUCUAAAUUAAAAAAGUCUGUAGAUAGGAGUCAUCAAGUCCCUAACCAAUCAUAUAAUAAUCUCUACCUACCACUCUCUAUUCACUGUUAGGGAUGAGGAUGGUGGCUCAUAAGUAAAGUCAGAACACUGAACAGCUGACUUGCUGAAUUACACUUUUUUACUGUCUUCAGAGCUUAAGUCAUAAAUAUGUAAACCAAUUGUUGCAUGCAUCUCUCAGCUAGGGAAGUUUUUAAGCCCCUCUCCCAUUUUCUUUUACCCACCUAUCUCAUCGUACAGCAGCAUGAGAGAGAAUUCUAAUCACACCAAUCAGACUCCCUGCCUUUUCCCAGUGUCACAAUGUUGCAAGUUAGAGAUUUUCUUACUGCAUAUGUGUAAAUCUGCCAGGCAAGCCCAAUAAACUUUUCCAGCAUUCCUAGGGAUAGGACACACCUGGAGUGGCUGUGAAAAGCAUAGGAAAUUAGAAGCAGGUACAUAUGAAAAAAAUAAAGCCAUACUUACCUACUUUUUUCGGCUUUUCAGUGAAGUCUAGUGGUUAUAGUGCUUGGAAUGUUCCUUUACAGGUGGCCUACUGUUAAUAAUUCUUUAUUUUGUACAUUUUGUAAUUUGAACAUUGCACAUAUAGGAAACAUUUCAAAUAAGAGGUACAAUAGGGUACAGAAUAAAAAAAAAGGGUUAGCAUGUGUUGUAUCUUCAUACAGGCAUAUAUUAAAUCUUGAAUUUUCAUGAAGGUAUUAAAGUAUAUAGUUAUAUAUUUAGCUUAGUCAUCCUUUGCUUUGUUGACACAGGCCAUUAAACAAGUUACAAAACAGGAAGAAACAUACAGGAAAAUAGAGGAAUUAGUGGGUACUUUAUAUAAUAUGGGCAGACGUACAGUAAGGUGACUCAGUAAUAAAGAGGGGACUCAGUAAUGAACUCCCGGGGCAUGCAAUAUGCCAUACAUUUCCGUAGUGAUCAGCAGAAUGCUAUAUUGUUUGGUUAAUUGUAAUAUUACACUCUUUGACGUGUGUAACGGACCGUUUUGCACACAAGGGGUAAAAACCGUUUAGGCCCCCUUUCCAGAGAUACAGGCACAGCUACUGCAGAACUCCCAAACUGGAUACAAAAUAGCACUCCAACUCCCGAACUGGAACCUCCCAAAUAGUUGCUAGCAGACUAACAGGAAAAGCAGACAAUCAACUUACACUCCUGGCAAUCAGUCUCUAACAGCAUACAGUGAAUCCCCCCAAGAACGAGACAAGGCUCUGUGUUGAGGGUCAAGCAGUGGUCUGAGGUGCUGGCACACCCAGCCUGGUUUUAUUACAGUGUUUCAAAUACAGGACCACCCACAGGGAGGGAUAAAACAACCAAUCAUAUCACAGUUACAUCCCACAUAUUCCCUCCCCUUAUCCUGAGAGGAAACUCAAUUAUACAAACAGUUAAAACAUACUUUCUACCCAACUUUCAUAACUCCAAAACCAUACAUCACAUUCACAUAAAAUUACAUAUUGACAAUCAAUCCAUUCAGGGGAACAACAUAUUCAUAAAUGGCAUGCAUCAGACCAGGGGUUCAAAAGUUAAGGGAAAGUCCUUUGUGACUAAAUGAAGCAUGGCUUUCUGGCCCAAACCAGUUUCAGAGUCUUCUAUCCUGGAGAGUAAUUCAAUUAUCUCCCAGGACAGACACAAGACUCCAUUAAGCACAUGGUUGCAAAAAGACACAAAACACUUUAAAAUACAUAAAGUCACAUUUUACACAUAACACACAGACAUUUCACAUAUCCCCAGAUAGCUCAGGUCUGAGCGCACAUUAUUAAGUGAAUGGCGCUCAGACCACACGAAUACAGUUUAAUCGCCAUGGAGCCAAAGUCUUUACAGUCAGUUUCAUACAAAUGGGCUCCAUGGGAUUCCUAUCUGGGGUAUAACACAUUCAAACAAAUCUACCGAACCCCAGGCAGAAAAGCACAAAUUAAACUUUUCUGCAGGUAAAAAAAGAUGUCUUUUAACAGGGGGCCAUAGUCCAAAGGCAGCAGGCGAGUAACCAGGCUUCUCCAAUGCAAUGUGGCGAGAUUGGUCUCGUCACAACGUGCAACCAGGGUCAGCUGAUGUGCUAAUAUCAUGGAUUGCCUUGAUGAUUAAACACCUUGUGCUUUUGUCUCCCAGGGGGUUAAAGAGGGGGAGGGGGAGAAGAGGGGAGAGAAGAGAAAAUAUAUUGGGAGAAACAAAAAGAGUUAAAAAAAAACAAGGAUGUAUGAUCGUAGGAGAAAGAUUGGGAAGUAAGAAUAGAAGGAGUGUCCGUGAAGAGUAGAAGAGUGCAAUCAGAAUUGUUGGUAGGGAGACGUUGUUGUCCCCAUAGAAGGGGCAAUGGGUGUCCCCAUGAGUCACAGAGGUCAAGUCCCCUUAGGAGGAUAGUGGAAAUACAAAGAUCCAAGGAUCCCAGAUUUUGUUAAAGUGAUUUUUGGUGUCGUGGAUUAGAGCAGAGACUUUGUCCAUUUUCAUGGCAUCUUCCACUUUUCUCUUGAUUGUCUCUUUGGAAGGGAUGUCCGGGCUUCCCCAUUUCUCCAUCACCACACGCCUUGCAGCUAGUGCGAUCUUGUGAUCUAUAAGUUUGAUUUCUGCUCUGGGGGUUUCUUUCUGUGGUUUGGAAUGAAGACAUAUUCAUGGGUCCAUAGUUAUGGUUGUGUAUAGUACUUUAGACACUAAGUGAGAAACCUGGAGCCAUAAUUUAUUUAUAUGUGUGCAUUUCCACUACUAUCACUUUUUCAUUUUCUAAUUUAAUCCACCAAAUCAUAUUUUUAUAGGCUGCAUUGGCUUCCUUAUAUUUUAUGAUUUAUCUGAUUUAAGUGCUUUAAAUACCAUUUUCUUUUUUUAGAGCUCAAUUAUCAUAUUCAUCCCAGCAGCUUUAAAACCAUCUCAUGCAGUUAUUUUGUAAAAACCAUUUGAACAUGGCAUAGGAUAGCGUGUCAGAAACAACUGAGUUAGAAUAUGUAUAUACACCAUUUUGAGAGCUUUUAGCCUGGUCAUACUUUGAAUGAGCUGGUGUUCUAGCUCCAUUAUGAGAUUUAUGUUUGUUAGGUGGCAUUAGGUGGCAUUGUAUCAGAGCGUUAUCAGCAUUACUUGUUUUUAGUUGCUGUGGCCUGUAGUGGUGUGAAACUGUGCUUCAUGUCCAAGAAAUCCCCGUUUUGCUUUCUUUAGACCUUUUUUUAUUUUUUCUCUUAUUUUAUUUGCUGUUAUAGUUUUUUCAGUAUUUAUUUUUUGGUCAUUUUUGUGAAUACUUUUUAAUAAUUACAUUUAAGUGAAUGAAAUCAAGAAAGACAGUUAUAUUAUUUCCAUUUUUCUAUCGCUUAAUGUCAAUCAUAUUUAAAUUUCUCGUAUACUGUUUCUUUAAACAUAUUUUUCUAUUUUUUUCCUUUGGAUCCUUUUAAUUAAUGGGCAGAUUAAUGUUUAUUCAGCCAAUCCUCUGCUUGCUGUUUGGUUUUUAAACAGUUGCAUCUUUGAUUAGGAUCUAUGACUAAACCGUGGGGAUAAUGUGCGUUGCUGUGCUCUUCAGUGUGGUAAUUAUGCAUUAUUGUUAAUUUAUAUUUAAGCCUACCAGUAAGUUAAUUUAUGGUUUGUAGUGCUAAAAAAAAACGUUUAUUUAUUUAUUUUGCAAUUGGGUUAAAAUUGAAAUCUGGGCACAUGGGUGGAAUAAAGGUCUCUUCAUUAACCAAUCACAAGCUUUAUUGUGUGCUCUCAUUAUUAAGUUUCUUUCUAGGUAAUUAGGUAAAACGUUAUUAUUUACCUAAUUUAUGAAUGUAGUGUUGGGUAUAUUCAGACAAUAUAAAGUUGUCAUAUAUGUUGUUAUAUAUUCUGUUAGCUGAUGAAUACGCACCAUACACUUCAAGGACAUUCUCUGUAACUCAAGCUUUUUUUUUUGUGCUUUUUUUUUCUUUCUAAAUAUCUUUUCCAGCUUAAACAAAGACAUGGUUGUUAAUGCCUUUGCUAUGAUGUAUUCUAUUGAAGAGAUUAAUAAUUCCACUCUCUUGCCUGGGAUUAAAUUGGGUUAUGCAAUCUAUGACUCGUGCUCUGAUGUCUCCAAAGCCAUUCAGUCAACAAUAAAACUAUUUCCAGAAUUGAACUUACUCUACAACCCUCCAAAAUGCAGCUCCGAAAUAAUGCCUACUGUGAAAGCAGUCGUUGGAGAAAUCAAUUCAGAAAUUUCUAUUGCAAUUUCUCGCAUUCUCAGUCUUCACUCUAUACCUCAG